AUGUAUGUAAAUGUCAUGAUUCAAGGUCAAUUUCGUUCCCGCAAAUUACCUGUUUACACCUAUGAACAUGCUUUUAACUCACCUUUUGAUCCAGAGAGAAAUAGCGCAUUUCGAGGUUCUGGAAGUGAUUUACAACGAAAUUCGCAUAUCGAACAGUUUGCUUGCUUUAAUGGGCCAUCAGCCUGGAGUAUUAUACCAGAUGAAACUAAACAAGACUUAUUAAUGCCAUCUUUAUCUGAUCGUUCUGCAGCAAUUUCGGCAAUGACUGAUGCUGCAGCUACUGCUGCUGCUGUUGCAUCUUGUGAUGCUCGAAUGAUAGGCGCACCGGCUUAUUAUAAUACAGGAUAUUCAGCUGCAAAUUAUGGUAUGUAUGCAGCUGGAACUUCAAAUUACUACCCAGUUCCGUCAACUUUACGAGCGACUGCAACUCAUUUCCCUUUUGCAGCUCCUCCACAUCCUUAUUAUGGAAAUGGUUAUUCAACUGCUGGAUUCGAGUAUGCGCCAUACCCGACAAGUAUACAGUGUUACGGUAGUCGAAAUACGUAUUACGCUCAUCCGAUCAAUUCCGUCACUUCAUCAUCAUCUUUAUAUACUAUGAGCUCCUUAUCAGCUGAAGCCAUGACUUCCAUAAAAGGUAUGAGAAAGAAAAAAACAGUCGGAGCAAGUUUUAGCCCUGAUGAUCAUUACACUCGUGUUUUUAUUUGGGAAAUGGAAGAUGUUUGUGUACUUUCGAACUUUUUUCUUCGUUCCGGUGAUCCUUUGAGGAGCCAUAGACUGGCGAAUUCUGUUAAUGCUAGUGUAAAUUCAUUUAUUGCACUAGCAUUUGGUAUUGAAAACACUGAUGACUGUGACCAAAUGAAUAUCGAAGAUACAACCAUAGAUGAACCCAUAAAUGAUAUGCCGUUCAUUCAAAACUCAUCAGAGACAUCAGUAAUAAACCAAGCAAGUACAUCGACUCAUUUAGCUCAAAGUGUUGCUCGUGGUGGCGUUGACUGGAUGAGAAGAUUAGCUGUCAAAUAUCAGCAUAUUAAAGAUAUAUAUACUUUAUAUAGAAAUAAUUAUACAGGAUUAAUAGAAAGAAAUGGUAUAACAAGUGAACGAGCUGAAUUACUUGCUUUUAAAAAUACGAUUGAUCCGUUAACUCAAGGAUGGACAGAUAGUAUUGGACGUUGCUUAAAACUUAUUGUUGAAAGGUCAUCUCGAAAUCAAUAUGCUAAUAUAUUGAUAACAAGUGAAAGUAUUGUGCCAACACUAGCAAAACUUUUAAUAAGCGAACAGAGCUCGAUGAUUCCAGCGGAAAAUGUUUACAGUACUUUACGAAUGUCAAAGGAAUCAGUAAUUGAUCGAAUCUUGAGUAGAUUUGGAAAGAAAUGCUCAUUUGUGAUUAUUUCAACACAUUUAGAUACUCAUGAAAUUGCUAAAAAAGAAAAUAUUCCUCUAUGGAAGAUCAAAAGCGUACGAGAUCUUGAAUUGUUUCAUAUUGCUCUCACUCAUCAUCUACUCAGUUAA